AUGCGACCUAGGCUGCUGCAGCCGCCGCUGCCGCCGUCGAAUUCCACCGCUGCCAAGCCCUCUGCCGCCGCCGUCGGAUUCCGCCGCUGCCAAAAUUUGCUUGUCCGAGAAGGCAAGGAAAUGGAUUCAGUGCUUUAUACAUAUCGGAGUUGUGUUAAAGCCCUUCCACAGAAUAUUUUAUAUGAGAUAAUAGCUGGGCUUCGCAAUGUAAGUGCUGAUGCACCUAGUUCUUCUGCUGCACCUCGUAGCAUUUCAUCUACAAAAUCUGUGGGGGAACUACUCUCUGACAUAGCACCUGUCUGUAAUGAUGCUUUGACUUCUGAAGAAGCUGAUCUAAAGAUUCUCAGCGGCAGUAGCACAUCACCUCAAGAGGACAAGCAAACAGCCCAAAAUGAAGAGUGUUGCUCCUACACGAGCUCAAGCAGAGAAAAAUUCCUGUCACCACUCUCUAUUCCAGUUGAGACUCUCUAAACGACGAGAGCUCGUGAAUAGAAAUAAGAUGGAAGCACAAGGUUCAGUGGACGGGCAUGUUAUUGAGAUUUGUGCUGAUGCACCAACGAUGGAGAGGGUCUCUGGUGGAACCAAGGGUUGUGAGGGUGCAGCAUGUGGAUUCUCUGAUGCCAAGACGAGCUCUAAGGAUGCACAAGAGAGAUCUGCCUCUAUGAGGAAACUUUUGAUUGCAGUUGUUUUGUGUGUAAUCUUUAUGAGUGUGGAAGUUGCUGGGGGUAUCAAAGCCAAUAGUCUGGCAAUAUUGACUGACGCAGCUCAUUUGCUAUCAGAUGUUGCUUCCUUUGCUAUCUCUUUGUUUUCACUGUGGGCUGCAGGAUAGUUUGGUUAUUUGAUCUUUCCUACUGGGUGAUGGAAUAUUUGGAUUUCAGGUAUAGGAGAAAGAGGGAAAAGCUGGUUGAAAGGACUGCAGUUUCGCGCUUGCCUACUAAAUGGGGUUCGUUUAUGGUAUACUGUUAUCGUUCAAAACUGGACGAGAAGAGCAUAUUGCGCUUGUGAAGAGAGACAUAGGGAAUGGGCAGGAUGUUCUUAUGAGGGUUCACUAGGAGUGUUUGACAGGCGACAUUUUUGGAUCAAGGCGAUGCACAAUAUUUUAUUGGGUUUGACGUAGAAUGUUUGUAUGAUGGAUACUUUUUCAAUGUAGGAUGAUAAAGAA